AGAGACCCCGAGCGAGACAGAGAGAGAGGGAGAGACCGGGCAGGGGUGGAGGACGGCAGGGAGCAGACUGGGAGGGCGACGGAGACGAAGACCGGGACCCGCGGGGAGAGAGACCCAGGGGGCGGCAGAGAUCUGGAGAAACAGCCCAGCGCGCGGCGGGGAGGUGGCGGCGGAUCCCAGGUCGGCCGGCCGCGGGGGUCUAGGGGCCGGAGGCGAGCGCCGCGGGGCCGGGAUCGGAGCGCAAGGCGGGGGACUGCGCGGAGGGGACAUCGAGAGAACGGUGGGGGCGGCGAAGGGAAGGCGCCCGAGGCGGGGGCGGGGGGGGCGCGCCAGCGCCAUGGGUCCCCGGACCCCCGCGCUCUGAGCCCCGGCCCUGGGGCCCGACGAUGCUGAAGCCGAGGCGGCGCCGAGGGUGCGGCACAGGGCAGCGCUGAAAAGUUGGGCGGCCCGCGGGGAGCGGCGCGGGACGGCCCGGAGACCGGGAGACCCGGGGACCGACGGCCAGACCCACAGACAGCCGGGGAGGGGGGGCGGGGCCGGCCCGCCGAGUUCGCGGGGAGGGGGCGCCGGGACUCCCCUCUCCCCGCCCGGGACGCCGCCCGCCGGAUCGCGCCUGGGAUGUAGAGCCGGCUCGCCGCCUCCCGGAGACUCGUCGGACCCUGCGCCCCGCGGCGCUGGUUCUUUUUGUGGUGCUCACGGAGGCAUUGGCGAUGAUGAGACAAAGCGAAAAGGGACGUAUUUAGUGAAGGAAGACCUCCCUGAAAGCCAUUUAUAGCCAAGAAGGCCCUGCGUCUUCCCAGGUGACCACGCCGGCUUCAGGACAUGCACGGGCACAGCCGAAACGGGCAGGCCCACGUGCCCCGGCGGAAGCGCCGCAACCGCUUCGUCAAGAAGAACGGCCAAUGCAAUGUCUACUUCGCCAACCUGAGCAACAAGUCGCAGCGCUACAUGGCGGACAUCUUCACCACCUGCGUGGACACACGCUGGCGCUACAUGCUCAUGAUCUUCUCUGCGGCCUUCCUCGUCUCCUGGCUUUUUUUCGGCCUCCUCUUCUGGUGCAUCGCCUUCUUCCAUGGUGACCUGGAGGCCGGCCCGGCAGGGGCCGCGGCGGGGGCCCCGGCGGGAGGCGGUGGGGCGGCACCGGUGGCCCCCAAGCCCUGCAUCAUGCACGUGAACGGCUUCCUGGGCGCCUUCCUCUUCUCGGUGGAGACGCAGACGACCAUCGGCUACGGGUUCCGGUGCGUGACGGAGGAGUGCCCGCUGGCGGUCAUUGCCGUGGUGGUCCAAUCCAUCGUGGGCUGCGUCAUCGACUCCUUCAUGAUUGGCACCAUCAUGGCCAAGAUGGCCCGGCCCAAGAAGCGGGCGCAGACGUUGCUGUUCAGUCACCAUGCCGUCAUCUCGGUGCGCGACGGCAAGCUCUGCCUCAUGUGGCGCGUGGGCAACCUACGCAAGAGCCACAUCGUGGAGGCUCACGUGCGGGCCCAGCUCAUCAAGCCCUACAUGACCCAGGAGGGUGAGUACCUGCCGCUGGAUCAGCGGGACCUCAACGUGGGCUACGACAUCGGCCUGGACCGCAUCUUCCUGGUCUCGCCCAUCAUCAUUGUCCACGAGAUCGACGAGGACAGCCCGCUCUACGGCAUGGGCAAGGAGGAGCUGGAGUCGGAGGACUUCGAGAUCGUGGUCAUCCUGGAGGGUAUGGUGGAGGCCACGGCCAUGACCACCCAGGCCCGCAGCUCCUACCUGGCCAGCGAGAUCCUGUGGGGCCACCGCUUCGAGCCCGUGGUCUUUGAGGAGAAGAGCCACUACAAGGUGGACUACUCGCGCUUCCACAAGACCUACGAGGUGGCCGGUACACCCUGCUGCUCCGCCCGGGAGCUGCAGGAGAGCAAGAUCACCGUGCUGCCCGCCCCGCCGCCCCCGCCCAGUGCCUUCUGCUACGAGAACGAGCUGGCCCUCAUGAGCCAGGAGGAAGAGGAGAUGGAGGAGGAGGCUGCGGCCGCUGCCGCCGUGGCCGCGGGCCUGGGCCUGGAGGCGGGCUCCAAGGAGGAGGCGGGCAUCAUCCGGAUGCUGGAGUUUGGCAGCCACCUGGAUCUGGAGCGCAUGCAAGCCACCCUCCCACUGGACAACAUCUCCUACCGCAGGGAGUCCGCCAUCUGACCUCUGAGCCCGCCCUCUCACUUCCCACAGGAGCCUCGCUGGGGGGUGGGCUGCCAGGACACCCCCUCCACACUCAGGACAGAACUCACCCUGGCUCCGGACCUUCUGGAGGGACGUGGGGGCUUCAAAGACUGGGAGAGCCCUUCCUACUGACUCCAGAACCCAGGCCUGGGACAGGGCCAGGACACCCUUGGUCCGGUCGGCCCGAUUCCCCAGCACCUACCCACUGGCGGGCUCAGGAACCUCAGAACCCCCCCCUUUCCCCACCAACCCUUCAAGGACAUUCCCCCUUUACUCUCAGAACCUUGGGGAAGGUGCCUGGACUGCUGGGGGGGUGGGCAUCUCGGGGUUCUGGGGUGGGCCAGUGGCUAGUUUGGGAGGGUGGGAGGGGGGUGCGUUUCUUCUGCAUGACUGUGGUCUGUUGCUCAUGACUUUCUUUUGUAAAUAUCUAUAAAUGGAAAGAUGGAGGCACUGAAUCCACCUUCUGCCAUGUGUACCCGCAGGACCAGGCGGUGCAGGCCCUCUCCGGGCACCCCGCCCCCUCCCCACCCAGCCGGCUGGUCCCUCGAGGCCCUUGGAGCCAGCUGUCUUGGCCCUUGGAUAGUGUUGGGUUUGGGUGCAGAAGUGGGACCCCAAGGAGCAGGAUAAGGGCCGUCCCUCCCUGCGGUCCCUCUGGGCCCAUCAGCCCAGCCCAGAUUGACAAUGGAGAUUGUAACUAUAUAUUUUUAAUAAAGUAUAUGGUCCGUUA